CUGGCAGGGUCGGGGGUCAUCUGGGCUUCCACCUGCCUGGGCAGGUGACGCAAGAGGCUCUUGAAUGUGCCCAGGGAUGGGAAGUCACUCCCUUUCUGAAGGGCAGGAUCAAAACCAGCCCCAUCUGCAGAGCAUUACAGGGACCAGGGCAGCCUCUGGGGAGGGCUGUGGGAACACAACAGGGGAUGUCCGCCAGGCCCCACACAGAGCCCCUCCACACUCUGGGUCCCUGGUCCACUGGCCUGUGAGCCAUCUGCACCGCCACAGGGCACACAGGGCAGCUCACCCAGGCUUCCACCCGACACAGAACCUGGAAGAAGACCACGCCCACUCCCCCCGCCCCCACCGUGUCCCUGUGGCACCACCGAAGUUUAACAUAAUGCCAAUUGGCACAGGAGAAAAGUCUACAGGGCCCAGCUCCAUUAUCGGGCAGCAGACAGCAUGGUUUUGGAGCUGAGGGCCAAUAACCAAAUAACAGCCCUCCAUCGCUUCAUCCUCCCACCGCCCCUUUUCAUUUUCCUCAUCUGACAUCCGCUUAACUAUUAGCUACCAGUUUGGCAGCCCGCCCCCGCCCCAACCUGCCAGGGUCCUCCUACUGGUAACAGCUGGCCAGCAGGGCCAGGCCCUGGGGCCCUGAUCCACGAUGAUACUGGCCUCCCGCUCGCUAGGAGGCGCUCUGCAGGCCAGGGCUGUGUCUGCCCCGCCCCCCAACACCUGCACGGAGGACAGAAAUGCGUGUGCCGUGUAUGGUUCCACGGAGGAGCAUUCACAGCUGCGUGGGCAAACCACACGGCAAGUGCCGGUCUCCAACCGCCGGGAAGCCCCAGCGCUGGUGACAGCCCCGGGCUGAGCCCACUCAACCCUGACCAUACCCUGAGGUGGAAAUCAGCGACCCCCACCUGAAGGAUAAGUAAGCCCACAGGCACACAGCUGGACAGAGCAGGCCAGUGGCACAGAGGUGACUGCAGGAUCCUGCCCCCCAAGACAGAGGUGGGCUCCUGGGGGCUCCAGAAGGCAGCACCUGAGCAUGAAGCCACCGGCUCUGAAGUUGGGGGUCCCGGUACACAAGAGGAAACAGACCUGGCACCCCCCAGACUCAAGGUCGCUUUUCUGCUGACGGCCGUGCAGGACUCUGUCUGGGACUGAAGGUGCAGCACCGCCCGCCUGCCUGCCACCCCAGGCAGGUGCCUUCUCCCCUCGGACUCGCGGUGUCGUCUUCAGUCACUGGGGGAGGCCAGGGGGCACCGCUGGCCAUUCCUGGGGCUCCCGGCGGGUGGUACAGCUCCAGCGCCCGCACGUCAGACCCCCGCCCCCGCAAAGACACACACCCCAAGAGGGGAAGUGCGCUGGAGCCUAAAGACGAGGCUUUAAGAACGCUGACCACGAACGCCACAGCCCAGCAAGUGGAACAGAGCACUGGCGCCCCGGGGCCGCGACUUCCGAGUCAGGGACUCGAACCCGCGGCACCUCCACCGCUCGCCCAGAGCCAGGCCUCGGGGCUUCUCCCGGCUCCCCCUUGGCCGCCUCGGAACCCGCUCUAGGACCCAAGGGAGUUGCUCCCCCCGCCCGCCCCGCGCUGGCCAAUGGGCGGGCGUGACGGCGAUAUAUUUGCAUACGGGUGCGCCCCGGCCAAUGGGCGGCGGGCGCGGGCGCAUGCGCGAGCUGGAGGGCGGUGGCGGGCGGGCGGCGGGCUCAGUCGGAGGAUGGCCGCGGCUGCGGCGGGUGGGUCUUCGGACCAGUCCCCCGGCCCCGCCACCCGGGCCGCGCCGCAGGCGCUGCGGCGGCGAGGGGAUUCGCGGCGCCGCCAGGCCGCGCUCUUCUUUCUCAACAACAUCUCCCUGGACGGGCGGCCCCCGAGCCUGGGCCCGGGCGGCGAGAAGCCCCCGCCGCCGCCGCCGCCGCCGCCGCCCACCGAGGCCCGCGAGCCGCCCGCGCCGCCGCCGCCACCGCCGCCGCCGCCGCCCGCGCCCCCCGCCGGCCUGCCCCUGCCCGGACCCGCGGGCCGGGCCUCGGCGCCCCAGGGCCUGCUCAGCCCCGCGCCCGCCGGCUUGGGCCUCGGCCUGAGCCUGGGUUUGGACGGGCAGCGCCAGAGAAGGCGCGUAGGCUCCCAGCGCUGCUCGCUCGAGUUUCUGGAAGACACGGUGGCAUGUGCCUCGCUUCAAAGAACCAAACAUACAUCUGGAUCCCCAAGACACAAAGGCCUGAAGAAGACGCACUUCAUCAAGAACAUGAGGCAGUACGACACCAAGAACAGCAGGAUCGUGCUCAUCUGCGCCAAACGGUCCCUGUGUGCGGCCUUCUCGGUCCUGCCCUAUGGAGAAGGCCUGCGUGUCAGUGACCUGAGGGUGGACAGCCAGAAGCAGAGACAUCCGUCCGGCGGCGUUUCCGUGUCUUCCGAGAUGGUUUUCCAGUUGGAAGGCGUCGAGCUGGGGGCGGAUGGAAAGGUUGUGUCUUACGCCAAGUUCCUGUACCCCACCAACGCCCUGGUCACGCUCAAGCCGGACAGCCAUGGCCCGCCACCUCAGCCCCGGCCCAGUGUCCCCCGCGCUCUGCUGGGGCCCAGAUGCAAACCCAUCCCGCCCAGGGCAGCACCAGCUGGCUCGGAACUAGGGGCCGACGCGGGGGAUGCCCUGGAGUACAACCCCGACCUCCUGGAUGACCCUCAGUGGCCCUGCGGCAAGCACAAGCGUGUCCUCAUCUUCGCGUCCUACAUGACCACAGUGAUAGAGUACGUGAAGCCCUCUGACCUCAAGAAGGACAUGAACGAGACCUUCCGGGAGAAGUUCCCGCACAUCAAGCUGACGCUGAGCAAAAUCAGGAGUUUGAAACGCGAGAUGUGGAACCUGUCUGAGGAGAGCGGUCUGGAGCCCGUGACGGUGUCCAUGGCCUAUGUGUACUUCGAGAAGCUGAUCCUGCAGGGCAAGGUCAACAAGCAGAACCGCAAGCUGUGUGCGGGCGCCUGCGUGCUGCUGGCCGCCAAGAUCAGCAGCGACCUCCGCAAGAACGACGUGAAGCAGCUCAUCGAUAAGUUAGAAGAAAAGUUUCGGUUCAACAGACGGGAUCUGAUUGGGUUUGAGUUCACGGUGCUCGUGGCCCUGGAACUUGCUCUCUACCUUCCCGAGAACCAGGUGUUACCUCAUUACCGACGCCUCACGCAGCAGUUCUAGCGUGGCCCGGCCCCUGUGGGCGCUCCUGGCACGUCGUGGGCCAGCGGGCGCAUUUCCAGGCACUGGGUGUGGACGCGCGGCCCUCGCCGGCUGGUGCCACCACUCCCCCACGCCCUGGCUUCCCUGGAGGGACAUGGCUUCCAUUCCAAAGCACACCACACCACCGCGGUAUUUCGGAGAGCCCUGCUGCGUUCCUCCGUGAACAAAAUGUGGGCCUUUGUUGUUUCUUUUUUUCCUGUGCCUGGUCUGGCACCAGGACUUAAUGCUGCGCGGUGGUGGAUCCUGACUUCACAGCUUUUCUCCUCUUCGCAUCACCCAGCCUUCUGCUACCAUCGUAGCCACCGCACUAGUGUCUCGUGGAGAUCUGGGUCUCCAGACCUCACUGCACGUGCUGGAUUGCCAGCGUUAACCUGUUGGGGCAUUAAUCUCGGCUGUUUGGGGUUUCCGGACGUGGAGACCGCGCUGUGGAAUCCCCACUCCCCCCUCGGCCUGGCUCCUUCCCAGCCCAGCACAGCCCCCUCGGGGGGUGUGCACCCACCUACCCACAUCCACACACACAGCUCUGGCGUCAGCCGAAGCCAAGGAUAGCAGACCCCUGGUUGGUUUUAGUCUCAUUUUUUUACUCUCAGACUUCUGUUCUUCCAAGGAUCACAUCACUGUGAAGUCCCGAUGCCCUGUUGGGGGUCACACACCCCAGCAGGCCUCUGGGCACAGAACUAGCCCACCCCACGCAAGGAUCCGUCUCACCGGGAAGACCGCCCCUUGCCCACGACACUGGGGACCUUCAGGAUGACUGGAUUGCUGGCUCUUGAUCUUCCUACGCAAUAUUGUGGAGAAACCGUGUUUACUGUCGUGUAGGAUUUGGUUCUUUGGGUCUUUUUUCCUGAGGGCACAGAAGCCGGUUAAACGGCGUCUGCUGAAGUUGUGACUUGAACCACACCUGAGCCUCCAGCGGGGAGGAGACUGACCCCUUCACAGCCCUGCCUCCCCGCAAGGGUCGGGCCAGCGUUCUUCCUCCCGGCAGGAAGUGGGAGCCACCUGGGCCAAAGGAGCCGCCACACCAAGCCGACCCCAAAGGCCGGUCGUUGUCCUGGGCAGGUGUGUGCCCGGCACGCCAGCUUCUCUACGCUACACAUGGCCCAGUUCAUCCACUUGCUGCCCCACCAGAAACACUGAAGACCGUGGGCUGGAGCUUCUCCUUCACGGGUCAGCUGCUCUCAGAAAGGACCGUGUUGGCUGGGCCAUUACGUUGCUUCCCUACUGCUGUCCCAUAAGCUUGUCACUGGAGGGGCUCCGGGACAGCCCCACCCUGCAUCCUACGCGUGUGCACCGGUGCUUUUGCAGAACAGAGGCCAGCCCUCAUCAGAGCGCUCAACCACCAGCAACUUGAGACCCCAGCAGGGGUGCAGGAUGGCGGCUCCCGCCCUGCUGGCUGCUCUUCCUGCUUCCUCAGUCAGCCGCUUGGGCUAAGGGAGGAGAGGGGGACAACUGCAGGACGGAGCGUGAAGCCCCAGUCUGUAUCCUGACCUUAUUUAUUGAGGAGUGCCUCUUCCCCGUCUUCCCCAAGAUGGCUCCCACACCUGACGUGCACCAAGGAGGGCUGGAAGGAUGAAGCUGCUAGGCCCCAGGCAACCCUUCUGCAAGUGACCUGUCCAGCCAACACAGCGUCUCAAGGACACUCCUGUUACAGGCACUGCAGGGGACCGACUUACAAAAUGUACGUCCUGGUUUACAAUUCAGCCUUGAGGAACACAUCUUCCUGGAAAUGUCUAUACAGAUGUUAGAAUGGCUGAUACAGAAACUUUACCUGUUCAUGUAGUGAGAAUUAGUCUUUCACCAAACCCGUCUGUAACCUUCCCUUUAGUGCGUUGCGUCCUUUUUAAUGUCAACAGCUGCCACUGUGUGGUACUCAAAUGAAGCCAGUAUUUAAGGCAUUAAACUCCAGCCUAAAAUGUCACCACCUAGAACCAGCCCAGACAUCUGUAUCCAAGGGCCUGGGGCCACGCCCUCAGUGCCUAGGAGGCGCUGUGGACUUAAAUGAGCGCUUAAGUGGCCAUCUGACCUCACUGUCUAGUCAAGUGUCAUGGAUCUGUUUGCAAAAAGUAAUGUAUUUGUGUUUUAAGUAAAAUUUGGUUUUGCAACGUG